GAAGAGGACUCCAUGGCCCUUCGCACGCAUCCUGACAGCAGCUGGGGAUGGAUGGUAGUCCUGGCAGGUUUUGUGCAAACGGCCCUGGUCUUUGGGGUGAUCCGCUCCUUCGGGGUCUUCUUCGUCGAGUUUGUGGCUCACUUCAAGGAAUCUACCAGCACUGUCUCCUGGGCCCUGUCUCUUGGGGUCGCCGUCCUGCAAUUUGCGAGCCCGAUGGGGAGCGCCCUCAGCGCCCGGUACGGGGCACGCCCAGUGGUGAUGGCCGGAGGCCUCCUCGCUAGCCUAGGUUUGCUGCUGGCUUCGUUCUCCGUCAAGAUCUCUCACCUUUACCUGAGCAUCGGCCUCAUCUCAGGGUUCGGCUGGGCCUUGGUGUUCACCCCUUCCACGGCCGCCGUCUCCGAUUAUUUCCAGAAGCGCCGGGCUCUGGCCAUGGGCCUGGCGGUCUCGGGCGCCGGCAUCUCCUCGCUGGUCUUCUCCCCGCUCUUCCAGCUCCUGGCGGACUCGUACGGCUGGCGAGGGGCGUUGCUGGUGGUCUCGGCGAUGUCCCUCAACCUGGUGGUGUCCGCCGCGCUUCUGAGGCCCUUGACCGGGGAGGGAGACGGACAGCCGGACGUCCAGGCCCAGGAUUCAAAAUGGCGGCAGACAUUGGCUUCCCUCUUCGCCCUGGAGCUACUCCGCCAGGGACGCUUCCUGCGCUACGUCUUGGCCUUCGUCCUGGUCGACGCCGGCUACUUCGUCCCCUAUGCCCACCUGGUGGCCCACGCCAGGGAAGAGGGCUGCGACGAAUACCAAGCCGCCUUUAUCAUGGCCGCCGCCGCCGUGGCAGACAUGUUUGGCCGGAUUUGGGCCGGCUGGCUGGCAGAUACCGCCGUCUUCUGCCGCCUCGUCCACCACCUGACCCUCUGGACUGUCCUCACGGGGGUCUCGCUCGCUCUGGUGCCCCUGGGGCACGGCUUCACCGCCCUGGUGUCCCUCGGCCUCUGCUACGGGUUCUUCGCCGGCGCCCUCGUCCCUCUCCAGUUCGCCAGCCUGGCGGAAAUUGUGGGUGCCGACUCGGUGCUAGGGGGUAUCGGCCUCAUGCACAUGUUGGAGAGCGUGGGGGCUCUGGUGGGGACCCCUCUGUCAGGCUGGCUGAGAGACAUCACGGGGAAUUACACCGCCUCCUUCCUCACGGCUGGAGCGUUCCUCCUGGCGGGCAGCGCGAUCCUUCUCACCUUGCCGGACUACUUCUCCUGCUCCCGGCCAUCGCAGACCAAGGCAGAGACCCUCACAGGACCCCCAGACCACCAGGCCUUCGAAUUAAGGGGUCUGCCCCAACAUGACAGAGUGUGAGGCGCAGACAGGUUAGCCGGUUGUGCUUGCAAAGAGAAGAUGGGGGUGCCUUUGGACCUCUUGGCGCUCCCUGGGUGAGGAGAAAGACCCUCUCCCCCCAAAGAGCCCUUUCCAGCACCUCAAGACAAGCAAAGCCUCCAUUUUGGGUGCCAAACCGCCGCUUUGGUCUGGGGAAAGGCAGGAUGUAAGAAAUUUGCUCAAAAUCUGGCACAGCUUUCCGUCCUUUGCGGAUAAGUGGUUGCAAAGAUCCCCACAGGUUUAUGCCGUAAAUGGAAAUGUGGGGAAAGGGGGUUUGGUGAGAUUUGAGGGGUGGGCAAAGGAGGAGGAGAUGGACCCUGAAGAGAGCAUGCCAAACUGCUGCCAUUGCCUCUGUUAACGGAGAAAUCUGAGG